GUGAUACACGAUGCGUUUGCUCACUCUUUUGUCUUUUGUGCCUGGCUUGCUACAUCUGGGAUCAGCAGCACCCAAUCCGACAGGCUCCCUAAGUUUCGCAUCUAACAAAGAACUGUAUACCUUCGAAUAUUCGACACCAAACGCAAACGCCAAAAAUUGGAUCGGCAUCUACCACGCUACCGGUGGUGGCCCUGAUGAUGAAAUGCAAGUAACACCUUCUCUCAGAUGGUCCUACGCACCCAAUGCGAAGGGGUCGCUUACCAUCAAACCUCCCGUUGGAGGCGGAAAAUUCAAGGCCUACUUCCUUGCAGACGACGGAUACAAGUGGAUCGCAAAGCCCAUCGAAGUGACUGCGAAGGAAACAAACACAGAUGAGCUGAAGGUCAUGACGUGGAACCUGUGGCAUGGCGGGACCAAGGUGAACGGAUACCACGACAAACAGGUCAAGUUCUUGACAGGGGCGGGUGUAGACGUGGUCGGGUUGCAAGAAGCGACCGGCGAUCACGCGAAGCGUCUCGGAGAAGCCCUGGGCUGGAAUUAUCAUCAGGACGGUGGAGACAACAGUGUUGGGAUCAUAUCUCGACUACCAAUCAUCAAGAGACACGGCAAGAUCGGCCGGGGAAGCGGUGUCCAGCUUGCACUCAAAGGCGACACGUCAAAGCCGUUCAACUUUUGGUCUGCGCAUCUCGCAGCUUAUCCGUACGGCCCGUACAGCUUCUGUUUCGAGAAAAAAAGUGCGUCAGAUGUCACUGCAGAUGAGAACGAGGCUGGCCGACCUAGCCAGAUCAAAGAACUGAUUGAUGGAACGAAGUCGCAGCGCGAGUCUAACAUCCCAUUUUCCAUAGUAGGCGACUUUAACGCUCCGUCACACCUCGACUGGACCUCAGCAAACAACGCAAACCACUGCGGUAAAAGCUUCGAUUGGCCCACUUCUAAGAUUCCUACCGACGCUGGUCUCAUAGACUCGUUCCGCAAGGUGCACCCAGAUCCAAAGGCUGUGAGCGGUGACAGUUGGUCUCCCAUAUACCCAAAGAACGCAGAUGACUGGGCGAGUCAGCCAGAGCCGCAAGAUCGAAUCGAUUUUAUCUAUGGGACUAGCAAGCUGGAGGUGAAGGGGUCUGAGGUCAGAGUUGUUGGUACGCCAAGCGCCUACCCGAAUUACGAGAACAACGAGUGGACCAGCGAUCAUCGCUGUGUUAUAACCACGUACAAGAUGCCCUGAAGUAUGUUUUCUCCAGAC